CAAAACGCUCACUAAAGUAAAACAAAUUACAUCAAGUCACUAACACAAUUAAUUCUACAGUUUUCCCCAAAUCCCUUUUCAAAUUUACUAUAAUUUGAUUGAUUUGAUAAUCCAGAUUCUUAUAAAUUUGUUUACUGCAUUUGGUUUUCUCAAUUAGGAGUAAACACAAAAAAAAGAUGGUGUCAAUGACGCCUGAUCAGUUUAAGAAAUUGAGUUUAGGGGUGAUUCCAUCUGCAUCACCGUCUCCGUUCUUCACGCCUCGGCCCGAACGAUACCGGAUGGAUUAUUCUAGAGUCAGUGAUGUUAAGUCGUCUAUGGGUUAUCAUCGCCAAGAUAAAGAUCGUGAGGUUAAUGUGCAGGUUAUUCUAAGAUGCAGGCCAUUGAGCAACGAUGAGCAAAGCAGUAACCCAUCAAGAGUGGUAACAUGUAAUGAACUUAAAAGAGAAGUCACUAUUUCACACAGUGUAGCUAAUAAGCAAAUGGAUAGACUUUUCACAUUUGAUAAGGUUUUUGGACCCAAAGCACAACAAAGAAUCAUUUAUGACCAAGCUAUCGCGCCCAUUGUUAGAGAAGUCCUUGAUGGUUACAAUUGCACAAUAUUUGCUUAUGGUCAAACCGGGACUGGCAAAACUUAUACCAUGGAAGGAUCAAUGAAAUCUAAGGGCACUGAAGUGUGUGCUGAGGCUGGUGUCAUCCCACGAGCAGUUCGACAUCUAUUUGACAUACUAGAAGCUCAGAAUGCUGACUACAGUAUGAAGGUGUCAUUUUUAGAACUGUAUAAUGAAGAAUUAACAGAUUUAUUAACUCAUGAAGAUAACUCAAGGUUCUCAGAAGAUAAGCAAAAGAAAUCUGUCUCCUUGAUGGAAGACGGAAGGGGUUGUGUUAUCAUUAGAGGCCUUGAAGAAGAAGUCGUGUACAGUGCUAACGACAUUUAUAACCUUAUGGAACGAGGAGCUGCUAAAAGGCGAACAGCAGACACAUUACUGAACAAGCGUAGCAGUCGCUCUCAUUCUGUCUUCACCAUAGCGGUACAUGUAAAGGACAUAAGUAUUGGAGAGGAGGAGCUCAUAAAAUGUGGGAAGCUAAACCUUGUUGAUCUUGCAGGAUCUGAGAAUAUCUCUCGUUCUGGUGUAAGAGAGGGGCGUGCAAGGGAAGCUGGGGAGAUUAACAAGAGCUUACUCACCCUUGGAAGAGUUAUUAAUGCGCUAGUGGAACAUUCAGCUCAUAUACCUUACAGGGACAGUAAGCUGACAAGGUUAUUGAGAGACUCACUCGGAGGGAAAACAAAGACGUGCAUCAUAGCAACAAUCUCACCAUCUAGCAGCUGUUUAGAAGAAACACUUAGUACUCUUGAUUAUGCUUAUCGUGCUAAAAAUAUUAAAAACAAACCUGAGGCAAACAAAAAGCUGUGCAAGACAGUUUUGCUCAAAGAUUUAUACAUGGAACUUGAGAGGAUGAAACAAGAUAUUCGGGUUGCUAGAGAUAAAAAUGGUGUUUAUGUACCGCUGGAAAGAUUUGUCCAAGAUGAAGCAGAAAAGAAGGGAAGGAUUGAGAAGAUAGAGCAGUUGAAGAUGGAGCUCGAACAAAGUAGAAAGGAAGUUCAAAAAUACCAUGACUUGUAUGUUUCUGAGCAAGAAGAGAAAUUGGAUUUAGAUGUUGAGCUCCGAGAUUGCAAGAAAAAUCUAGAGAGUACCUGUAAGGUCUUGCACGAACUUCAAGAGAAACAGAAGUUGUCCAUCACCCAGUUACAGGAAAAAGACUCUAUGAUAUCCAAACUUAUGUACUCAGAAAAUUCUCUAAUUCAACGUGCAAAGGAGCUGUGUUGCACUUUGGGAAAUGCAUCUGAAGACAUAUCGAUAUUGCACAAAAAAAUAGAUGACAAAAACAAAUUGGAAAAUCAAAAUCAUAAGCUAGUUGUUACAUUUGGUUCUCAGCUUGAUAAGAACUUAAAAAUCCUGCACCAAACGAUAUCAGGAUCGAUUUCAAUGCAGCAGGAUCAACUGCGAUGCAUGGAAGAGAACUUGUGCUCAAUUCUUGCCAGCAAAGAUGAUGCAACAAAGAACUUACAAUCAACUGUUCAGAAAUUAGUAGAUGUACAUACUUCUACAAUGACAUCUUUGAGGGAGUUAAAUAGCACACAACAAAGAACAGCUACGGCAGAUCUGGAGUAUGUAAAUUCCAGUAUAUCUAGUCAAACUGUAGAUAUGGAAAAGUUAUUCAAUUCAUUCAUCAUCGACGCUAAGGAUGUAAUUUACUACAUCGAGUGUUCCCUUUCUAAGCAAAAGGAGCUGUUCCUUUACUCUUCUCAGCAACAAGAACAGGGACUACAAAAGACAUUGGUUUCAGCUCAAGAGAUCAACAAAGCAACUGUAGCAUUUUUUGAUGAGAUCUGCAGUCAUGCAUCCGAACUCAUAAGUAGUCUUGAAGAAAGCCAAGCCAGAAAUCAUAACUAUCUCAAAAAGUUUGAAAAAGUAUUUGAGGAACAAUCAGCAAAAGAGGAGCAGCAGGCCAUUGAAAAAAUAGUAUCUGCACUGGCGACAUUAAGAACUAACAAAGCAGCUUUGGUUUCACAAGAGUUGAGAAACAUUUAUGAAUCUGGACUAGAAGAUAGUAUGGAAAGCCAGAAAAACUUGUCCAGAAUUCAGCAAGCUUCUGUAGCUGCAAAGAAUGCUUUAAAUGGACAUGUGGAAAAUGUUGAAGGGCAUGUAUUGACAGACUUGUUCUUGUUGACGGAGAUUAAUGAGUCUAUGAAGGAACAGAUAGAGCAGUGUUCAUACCAGGUUAAUAACUCAAGAGAGCAGUGGAAAGGAGCUGCACAUUCUAUCAAAAAACUUAAUGAUGAUGUAAAAUUAAGAAUACAGUCUACCAUUAACGAAAGGAUCUGUCAAAAUGAAAUCGCACAGAGCCAGUAUAUCACUACAUCAUCCGCGAAGAAUGCUGAAUUUGAUGCUAUUGUUUCUAGCUUGCUUUUCAAACUUAAGGAUACUCAUACGUUAGACAGUGAAAUGAAAGGCAAGAUGAAUGCCUUAUCAGAUCAGUGCAUCAAUCUGCUUGCUUCUGUUCAAACUGAGCAUAACAAAAGUCUCUCAACUAUUCAGAACAAAUUGGCAUCGAGCCUUUUUAAAGAUUACAUGGUCGAUGAGGAGGCAUCUUUUGAGAAAAGAGUCGUAGAAGUGCCAAGUUUGGCAUCCAUAGAGGGACUGAGAACUCCAGCAAUUGCUAAAUUACAUGCAGACAUCAAUGCAGGGGAAAGAUCAGAAAUAUGUGUGGUCGAAACCAAGACCCUGCAACCACUUAAUUAUACAACAGAAUGGCCUAGCAGGGCUCCCUUUGCAAACAUCAACUGAGGUGUUAGUAUCACCAGUUAUUAAUAAACAGGAGAAAAUAAACCUGAAGUUGUAAAUGAGUUCUCUUAGAAAACAAUCUCAUCUUCUGAUGAGCCUAGCAAAUAACCAAUUUUUUAGUUGCUUCACUUUAA